AUGGAAAUUUUACGUGCUGAAACCAAUGAAUUUCCUCAUAUGAAAACUACAGAUGGACCAACAAAUAAUUCAUCAUCAUCAUCAACAAUUGAUGAUGAUGAAGAUGAUUUUUCAAAUGUAAGUACAACUGAUGAAAAAAGAAUAACAAACACAAAAUCUCCUAUCAAUAAUAAUGAAGACAAAUCCAAAUCUGCAGAUGAAAAUCGAUCAAAUAAUUCCUCACCUCAACCAUCUAUUGUUCAGUCAAUUGUUAAUCGAACAACAUCAACAACUGAUUAUACACGUCAACGUGAACGUCUUGCUAAAGAACUUAAAGAUUAUGAAGAUCGUUGGUUAGCACAUAGAAAUUUUCUUCUUUAUACACAAGCAUUUAGUAUGAAACCCGAAGAUCGUGAACGUUUAUUUUCACAAAUAAAUUCAACAAAUACAGAUGAAUCAUUUUCUCGUUUAUCAAAAGAAGAACGAGAUCGAUUUUUAGCAGCCGCUUUAUAUAAUCAACAGCAACAACAACAACAGCAGCAGCAACAGCAACAACAGAAUCCAUAUAAUUUUCAUCAAUAUCCAUGGACAACACCACCAACAGCAUCAUCUAUAGUUGUUCCACCGAUACCAUCAACAACUACUGACCAACAACAACAACAACAACAACAACCACAGCAACCUAAAUCACCUAGUUCAGAUGAUAGUGGCAAUCAAUCAAAUUCUGGUAGUACAACAGAAUGGACAUUUGAAGAACAAUUUCGUCAGCUUUAUGAAUUAUCUGAUGAACCAAAACGAAAAGAAUUUCUCGAUGAUUUAUUUGCAUUCAUGCAAAAACGUGGUACUCCUGUUAAUCGAAUUCCUAUUAUGGCUAAACAUGUUCUUGAUUUAUAUGAAUUAUUUCGUUUGGUUGUUGGAAAAGGCGGUCUCGUAGAAGUAAUUAACAAGAAAUUGUGGCGUGAAGUGACGAAAGGUCUCAAUUUACCAAGCUCGAUUACCAGUGCUGCAUUUACAUUACGUACACAAUAUAUGAAAUAUUUAUAUCCAUAUGAAUGUGAAAAAUUACAAUUAAGUUCACCGGGUGAAUUACAAGCAGCAAUUGAAGGAAAUCGACGCGAAGGACGUCGACCAUCAUAUGCAUUUGAAUAUUCAUCACCACCACAAAUAAUGCCACCGCCACCACCACCACCACCUCCAUCAUCAGCAAGUGCUUUUCUUGCUAGUCCACUUGCACAUAGACCAUUGGAUCCUAAUCAUGGACAUGAAGCAAUGCAACAUGCAGCUAUGGCUGCUGCUGCAGCACUAUCUCAUCCAUUUUUUCUUGCAGCUGCAGCAGCUCAAUCACGUGAUGUCAAUCAUUCAUCAAUUGAACAAUCUUCAACACCACGAAUUCCUUCAUUUGAUGAUCAUCAUCAUCAUCAUCAUUUACAAUCAUCAUCAUCCUCAUCAUCAUCACCACCAACAAAUAAAUUAUUUGAACGUUCAUCAACAAUAACGAAACGAAGUCUCUCACCAUCAUCAUUUUUAUCUCGACAAACAAAUGAUGAUAAUAUUAAUUCACAAAUAAAAAAACCUGUUACAACAAUAAAUAAUCUACGAUCAACAUAUUUUACACCAGUGACAACCAAUACUCCCCCAUCAUCAUCAUUAUUAUCACCCGUUAGUAAAUUAAGAAUCAUUGCUAAAGAAAAUAAUUCAGAACAACCACAACAACAAUCGAUAACAAUUUCGAUUGAAUUAAAUGGUAUUGCUUAUCAAGGAACAUUAUAUGCAUCAGCAUUCACUAAUAAUAAAGAGUGA